UCGCAGUGACGUCCAUACCAAGCUCCGCCUUCUCCGCCAUCCUUCUCUCUCGGCCCCGGGAGCAGUGCAGAUCCUCUGGUUUCAAACAUGCUUUCUGUUCGGCUCGCAGCGGCUCUUGCCCGCAACCUUCCACGGCGAACUGGACAUAUAUCCAAGAAUGUCGCUGCAGCUUGUGUCGGGGCUAAGAACCUGCACACCGCCCAGCCACGGUUCCAAAAAACUGGCACAGCUGAAGUGUCUUCCAUUUUGGAGGAGAAGAUCAUGGGAGCUGACACCAGCGCUGAUUUAGAGGAGACUGGCCGCGUGCUUUCCAUUGGUGAUGGUAUUGCCAGAGUUUACGGCCUGAGGAACGUGCAGGCGGAGGAGAUGGUGGAGUUCUCCUCUGGUCUGAAGGGUAUGUCCCUGAACUUGGAGCCUGACAAUGUUGGCGUGGUGGUGUUUGGUAAUGACAAGCUGAUCAAAGAGGGCGACAUUGUCAAAAGAACCGGUGCCAUCGUUGACGUGCCUGUUGGUGAAGAGCUCCUCGGUAGAGUUGUUGAUGCUCUGGGAAAUGCAAUUGAUGGAAAGGGCCCCCUUGGCUCCAAGAUCCGCAGGCGGGUGGGUCUGAAGGCCCCUGGUAUCAUCCCCCGUAUCUCUGUGAGGGAGCCAAUGCAGACUGGCAUCAAAGCUGUCGACAGUUUGGUCCCCAUCGGCCGUGGACAGCGAGAGCUCAUCAUCGGAGACAGGCAAACCGGCAAAACCGCCAUUGCCAUCGAUACAAUCAUCAACCAGAAACGCUUCAACGAUGGAACCGACGAGAAGAAAAAGCUGUAUUGCAUCUAUGUUGCUAUUGGCCAGAAGAGAUCCACUGUGGCGCAGCUGGUGAAGAGGCUAACUGAUGCAGAUGCCAUGAAGUACACCAUCGUGGUCUCUGCCACCGCCUCCGACGCUGCUCCUCUGCAGUACCUGGCUCCCUACUCUGGCUGCUCCAUGGGGGAGUACUUUAGAGACAACGGCAAGCAUGCCCUCAUCAUCUACGACGAUCUCUCCAAGCAGGCUGUCGCCUACCGUCAGAUGUCCCUGCUGCUCCGCCGUCCCCCCGGCCGUGAGGCAUACCCAGGAGACGUCUUCUACUUGCAUUCCCGUCUGCUGGAGAGAGCUGCCAAGAUGAACGACAACUUUGGUGGUGGCUCCCUCACCGCCCUUCCUGUUAUCGAGACACAGGCUGGAGACGUGUCGGCCUACAUUCCAACAAAUGUCAUCUCCAUCACAGACGGACAGAUCUUCUUAGAGACCGAGCUGUUCUACAAAGGUAUUCGUCCUGCCAUUAAUGUUGGUCUGUCAGUGUCACGUGUCGGAUCUGCUGCCCAGACCAGAGCCAUGAAGCAGGUGGCUGGUACAAUGAAGCUGGAGCUGGCCCAGUACCGUGAAGUGGCCGCCUUCGCUCAGUUCGGUUCAGACCUGGAUGCUGCCACACAGCAGCUGCUAAACCGCGGCGUUCGUCUAACUGAACUCCUGAAACAGGGACAGUACUCUCCAAUGGCUAUUGAAGAACAGGUAGCGGUCAUUUAUGCAGGUGUGAGAGGACACCUGGACAAGAUGGAGCCAAGCAAGAUCACCAAGUUUGAAAAAGCUUUUCUGCAGCACAUAUUGAGCCAGCAGCAAGACUUGCUGGCAGCUAUCAAGGCUGAUGGGAAAAUAUCUGAAGCUUCUGAUGCUAAACUCAAGCAGAUUGUCUUGAACUUCCUUUCCAGCUUCGAGUAACUUGAUUUUUAUUUGGUUUAGUUGCAUUUCAAAGCAUCGGUCAUACUUUAAAGAAAUUACAAAAAAAAAAGAAAUCAAGACACUUGAUUUAGUAUAUAAUUAUCUCCCAAAGAAAAAUAAAGUGUUCCAACAACA